AUGGAGAUGUUCCGACGCCUACCAUUUGGUCUAACCCUUAGUCCUGCAAUAUUAUCAAUGUUUAUUCGUCACCACGUUUUGAAUUACAAGAAUGUCGAUCCAGAAAUAGUCUCCUUAUUAAUCGAGUCGUUAUAUGUUGACGAUUUCGCUAGUGGAGCUUCUAAUGAGGAGGAAGCUCUAUACAUCUAUCAUAGAUCUCGAAAAUUAAUGAGCGAGGGAGGGUUCAAGCUUCGAAAAUGGCAUUCAAACUCGCAAAAUGUCCGAAAUGUUAUCGCGAAUGAUGAAGAUCGACCGUUUGUUAAGUUGGGAAAUGAAAAGGGGUCAUCAAAUGUUAAACAUAUACCAAGUACGAUGGUGGAAGACAAGUUAGUAAAACCUCCUUUGCCUCAUACAGAGCCAAAACCUAAGUCCACAUCUCAAUAUAACCGUUUUAAAAUUCUAGGAAUCAGCUGGGAUGAGAACAGCGACGAACUUUGUUAUGAUCUUGAAAAGCUAAUGUUUCAAACCUUCUGCUCUUCUGGCAGUAAUUGGGGUGAAGAUCUGUUUGGCAAGGCCUUAUCACGUUGGAAUUCUCUCGUUCACGAUUUAAUGGCAUUAAGUGACAUACGAGUACCACGUUGUUACUUCCAUGGUGGAUACGAUUCAUCUCCAAUUCAUCAGAUACAUGGAUUAUGCGAUGCAUCGGAAUUUGCCUUUGCCGUAGUUGUAUAUCUACGAACGGAACAUAAAAACGGUGAAAUUGAAGUGAAUCUAAAAGCAGCCAAGACAAAAGUCGCUCCUAUCAAACGACAGACCAUAGCAAGACUUGAAUUGUUAGGCGCAAAUACCUUAGCAAGAUUAGUCGAUUCGAUUAACUGCGUAAAUGAAAUCAGAAAGUUAACUAGUGGUUAUAAAUGGAGACACUGCCCUGGGGUAAUAAACUCUGCCGACUUGCCUUCUCGUUGGUACUCCGGAAGGGAACUUGUGCGAUCUAGAAUCUGGUGGAAUGGUCCGCAGUUUCUCCAAGAUACUGAAGUAAAAUGGCCCGAAGAUCUUCAACCUACAAAAUUGGAUGAGGACCAUUGCUACACAGAGACAACACAAAAUCCUCUUCAAAUAACACAUUCGUUGACGUUAACAUCGCUUCCUGACCGUAAUUCAAUCCACUUGGAGAAAAUUAUUGAUCAAGACAGAUAUGGUACAAAGAACAAACUACUUCGUGUCACAGCACAAAUUUUAAGGUUUAUCAAGAAAUCAAGAAAGCAACUAUGCUCUGUUACGUCUGAGUUAAAUGCUAAUGACCUAUUCAAAGCUGAGAGAUUAUGGAUCAGAAUUACAAUGUGUACGAGCCGGUCGUAA